AUUAAGACCCUUUGUUUUUUAGCACUGAGCUAAAAUGAUAAUAGUUAAAUAUGCUCAAUAUUUUGCAUGUAUGCAGGAUUUUCACCCCUUAUUUGUGAUGACAAAUAUAUUGUUGUUUCUUUGGCGGAUAGUUCAAAACAAGGGAAUUGUGCGGUAAUUCACGAUCACAAUGAAUAUUGCACAAUUACCAGUAGACUUUGUCAUUUAUGUCAUUCAGGUGUCUCAACUUGUCAUGGCGGUGGACGGUGGCUGUGUGAACAAAUGGAAGGGCAAACAGUUAGCAGACAUCUCUGUGGAAGAAUUACCUGAUAUAGAAGAAAAUGUGUCUGAUGAUGAUGCAGUAGAGGAGAGGGGUCCUGUUCCCAUUGAGUCUGAGAGUAUUGAGUCAGAUGAAGGUGUGGAUGCCAUGGAUAUUAAGAUAACCGAGUCAGAUGAAGGUCGUUAUCCAAUUGUGUCAGAGACUAGUGAAGCAGUUAUAUGUAACUCUGAGACGGAGACUCUUCUUGGGAACCAAACUCGGCCUUCAACAUAUAGUGUUUCAGGAACACCGGGAAGAAAAGUACCUUGGUCAAGAAGCAUAGAGGAAUUUUUGAGGAAAGCCUUCAAAAGCCUUCAAAAGUUACCUCACCAGAUCUGUGACAAGUGUCCAUAA